GAGGAGCGAGAGGUGGGGAAGCCUCAGGGCGCCAGUACUUUCCUCUCUGCAUAUCCGGCCGGACAGGACUGGGCGGGUGGGGAAAGUCGGCCGGCAGUGUAUUCAAACCCCCGGCACAUUGCCACCGCUGGGGAAAAGGAGUGGCAGAGUUCAGGGCAAACUCCUGCCGCUUGGGUUGGGCAAGAUCAAGACCGCACCACCCCCGCUGGGACAUGGAGUUGCUGUCGCCUCCGCUCCGAGACGUAGACCUGACCGGCCCGGACGGCUCUCUCUGUUCCUUUGCCACAGCCGACGACUUCUAUGACGACCCGUGCUUCGAUUCCCCAGACCUGCGCUUUUUCGAGGACCUGGACCCGCGCCUGGUGCACGUGGGUGCGCUCCUGAAGCCCGAAGAGCACCCGCACUUCCCCGCAGCUGUGCACCCAGCCUCGGGCGCGCGCGAGGACGAGCAUGUGCGCGCGCCCAGCGGGCACCACCAGGCUGGCCGCUGCCUCCUGUGGGCCUGCAAGGCAUGCAAGCGCAAGACCACGAACGCGGACCGCCGCAAGGCCGCCACCAUGCGCGAGCGCCGCCGCCUAAGCAAGGUGAACGAGGCUUUCGAGACGCUCAAGCGCUGCACGUCCAGCAACCCUAACCAGCGGCUGCCUAAAGUAGAGAUCCUGCGCAACGCCAUCCGCUACAUCGAGGGCCUGCAGGCUCUGCUGCGAGACCAAGACGCCGCGCCCCCUGGCGCCGCCGCCUUCUACGCGCCGGGCCCGCUGCCCCCAGGCCGCGGAGGCGAGCACUACAGCGGAGACUCGGACGCGUCCAGCCCGCGCUCCAACUGCUCCGACGGCAUGAUGGACUACAGCGGCCCCCCGAGUGGCGCCCGGCGCCGGAAUUGCUACGACGGCGCCUACUACAGCGAGGCGCCCAGUGAAUCCAGACCUGGGAAGGGCGCCGUGGUGUCGAGCCUCGAUUGCCUGUCCAGCAUUGUGGAGCGGAUCUCCACGGAGAGCCCGGCGGCGCCCGAGCUCCUGCAGGCCGACGCGCCGCCGGAGUCGCCCCCGAGCCAGGAAGAAGUGGCCGCUCCCAAGGAGGGCGAGCUGCGCGUCCCCACCCCUUCCCCGGACGGCACUUCUCAGGGUCCUGCAGGCGCGAACCCCAACCCUAUCUACCAGGUGCUUUGAGGAGCUGGAUGCCCUCCCGAGGGAUGGUGCCCUAGGGUCCCUCGAGCCCGAAAGGUUGGCUGUAAAUGCCACUCCUCCCAUCGCGCUUUAAAAGCGACCCCUCCCGGGAUGGAGAGGCCGGUCAUCUGAAAAGCGUUCCCGCCCCCACCCCACCCAGCGCAAGGACGCUGCCCAUUUUCCACGCGGGAAAACACACGACGACCGCCUGGGGUUUCUCGGCGAGGUGCAGCUGUCCUACAAGGGCCAGGCCCUUCUUUUUCCUUGAUGCCUCCACCCAGGGGACUGAGACCCUCGCAAAUCUACACCCAGCCACCACCGCGCGCAGGUUAUUUUUUAGGGGUUGUCCCCUACCUUCCGGAACCCUCGUGACAUGCAGCUUUUCCCACCGCCUGAGAGGUGCGCUCCAGUCCCAAGUGGAACAGGUGUAACUGUACCCCUCCUACCCCGUCCCGCCCCGCGGUUCAGGACCACUUUUUGUAAUACUUUUUGUAAUCUAUUCCUGUAAAUAAGAGUUGCUUUGCCAGAGCAGGAGCCCCUAGGGUUAUAUUUAUCUCUGAGGCGUGGUGUGUGGUGCAACAGGGACUUUGUAUGUUUUUACAGCAGGUGCGCGAGCCGCGGGCGCUCGCUCGCUCAGGUGUUGAAAAUAAAGACGCUAA